AGGUUUGGCUGAACUCUCACUUUGCAUACUUACCAGAUCAUUCAAACUGCCCUCGUUCAGCCCCCAUGGCCUCUACUAUCACAGACUCACAGAAGCCUUUCUCUUUGGACCCCUACCAUGUCUCUGAGGAAUUUGGCUUCAUCCUCCCUGCACCCCUGGCAGAGUUGCCGCCAUACUACCAGCCCUGGAUGGACAUUGCCCAGCAUGUUACAGAGCUCAUUUACUCUCACAUGCUGCGCUCCCACAUUCUCAAGAUGCCCCUGCUMAACACCCAAUUCCUGGAGAGCCACAGAGAGCUGCGUCUGGCCCACUUGGCCCUGAGUGUGAUGACCAUGGGUUACGUGUGGCAGGAGGGGGAGGAUGACACAGUCAAGAUGCUUCCCCGCAACCUGGCCAUUCCAUACUGUGAGGUGUCUCAGCGCCUAGGAKUUCCUCCCAUCCUUACCCAUGCAGACGCAGUACUGGCUAACUGGAGGAAGAGGGAUCCACAGGGACUGUUUGACAUGGAGAACUUGGAACUGCUUGUCACGCUACCUGGUGGGGACAAUGUGAGAGGGUUCUUCAUGGUCACUCUGCUYGUGGAGCUGGCUGCAGUGCCAGCCAUUAAGAGUAUUCCUUUGGUUAUUAACGGGGUCCAGUGCGGUGAUGCUGAGACUGUAACCAGAGCACUAGAGGAAUUCAGCCAGGCCAUUCAGGGCAUGACAGAUGCACUUAAACUGAUGCAUGAUGUCUCUUAUGUUGUUCCAGUGUAUGUCAAACCCGAAGUCUUCUAUGGCAUUAUGAGGAUCUAUCUGUCUGGGUGGAAAGACAACUCCUCCAUGCCAGCUGGGUUGGUGUAUGAGGGCGUCCAGGCAGAGCCUAUGGAGUAUUCUGGUGGGAGUGCUGCCCAGAGCAGUCUGCUGCACUGCUUUGAUGAGCUGCUGGGUGUCAAACAUGAAGCAAAGAGUGGUGCCUUUCUGACCCGUAUGAGGAACUACAUGCCCCCUUCCCACAAGCGUCUGAUCCAGGACAUCUCUCUGCAGCCCUCCCUGCGAGGCUUUGUCCAGCAGCAGGCCUGUGAGCCGCUGACCGCAGCCUUCCAGCUCUGUGUGACCAAGCUGCUUGCCCUCCGCAGCUACCACAUCAACGUGGUCAGCCGCUUCAUCACUGUGCCCGCUGCCCGUGCCCGCCAGCUCCGAAGCCAGGGGAACAUUUCCCAGGAGGAGACUGUCAGCAGGGCGCCCACYGCACUGGAGGAGACSGGCACCGGCGGCUCGGGCAUCAUGAGCUUCCUAAAGACUGUAAGGGACCGCACACGGGARGUCUCAAUUUAAACCAUCAGUGUUCAUUUCCAUUAAAUGCAACCACUAAUUUCUUAAUUUAAUCUAAAAUAGAAUGUAAAAUAUGUAUCGGYUGACUAGUCCAGACCGACUGUGCUCAUACCACAAUCCCCAAUUCCUGCAUGAGUCAGAAAACUGUCAUGCAAGAAAUCUCGCACUUUUUCUACAUUUUGUUAUGUUUAAGUAUUAUUCUAGAAUUGAUUAAACAGCUUUUUUUCUCAUCGAUCUACACACAAUUCCCCAUAAUGACAAAGAAAAAACAAAUAAAAAUAUUACAUUUA